GUUAUUUAAGGGCGCACCACACAGGCCGAAAAGAAAGGAAAUGUGGGUGUGGGCGGCGCGGCUGGGCUUUUUGUCCCUGCUGAACGGGAGCCGGGGCUUCCCCGCCAAGGUGGGUCCUCAGGUAAGGGCCCGAUGCGUGGUGGCAGGUGGGGAAGCGGACCGGCAGGCGGAGCAGGCCCCGCCGGGGACCCAGGCUCCCCGCCUCAAACCCCAGGGAUGUGGCCGAGUGACAGCCGAGGUGAUCGAGCACCUGGAGCGUCUGGCGCUUGUGGACUUCGGCAGCCGGGAGGCUGUGAUGCGGCUGGAGACAGCCAUCGCCUUUGCCGACAGGCUUCAUGCGGUAGACACGGACGGAGUGGAGCCCAUGGAGUCGGUACUAGAGGACAGAUGCCUAUACCUGAGAGCUGAUAACGUUGUAGAAGGCAACUGUGCUGAAGAACUACUACAAAACUCCCAGCGGGUCGUGGAAGAGUAUUUUGUGGCCCCCCCAGGUAAUAUCUCUUUGCCAAAGUUGGAUGAACAAGAGCCCUCCCCACAUGGCUGAGUAACUAUUCUAGGAAGGGAGUACCCAGUAUACAACUGGGUACUUUUUAGUAACUGACUCUUCUGAAGACACACUUGGGAAAGAUCUGGCCAAAGCAAGGCAAUGAGUUUCUAGUGUUAAUGGAAAUAAAAGGCAUUGUCAGCUUCUCAGGAAAUGGGAAGUAUUCACUUAUAGACCUAUUUGCUAUGAAAGACUAUCUCCCUUCUCUCUCCUCCAAAGAUUAUCUAUCAAACUGCAUUUCGUGAUACAACAGAAUUUAGAGAUUUUUCUAACCAAACUGCCGAAGUCAGUUUUGGCUAGGAAUUUUCCAAUGAUGUUUGUGCAGCUACCCAUCAAAAGAUUAUUUUCUUCCCAUUCCUUUCCUCUAUAUGCUAUGUUACCUUAAUGUCAGCUUAAUUUACAAGCUUGGCCUUGAAUAAGAGAACCUUGAACCUGCCCUUGGGACUGAAGUUCUCAAACCACCAUCAGACCAAGUAUCUUUCUCCCAGAAUAAAGUUAUCCACUUCUGCUCCAUA